GCAGCAGCAGGGAUUUUGUGCUAUGUUGGAGCCUACGUGUUCAUAACCUAUGAUGACUAUGACCACUUCUUUGAAGAUGUGUACACCCUUAUCCCUGCUGUGACCAUAAUUGCAGUAGGAGGCCUCCUUUUCAUCAUCGGUCUUAUUGGAUGUUGUGCCACAAUACGAGAAAGCCGCUCUGGGCUUGCAACGGUUAGUGAAUAUUUUCUUAUCACCUACUACUACAACGUUCAACCUGGGCUCAGAUAUCAUAUCCCUCAAUUAGGGGUGGGCGGUAUACCGGUAUGACGUUGUGCCAUGAUAUGGAUUUUGCCAUAUCGUGCAUGUCAUGAUAAAUUAAUGUAUGAAAUAAGGCGUUUUUGUUUAGUUCAACAUUUCUGUCAAAUGAUACAGCCUAGUGGGCUAGUUCAAAAUCUUUAUUUUACAAAAACAGCCUUUUUUAGCAAAUAAAAAAAGUAGAAGAAUGGACGUUACACACAAUCUGCCCGCCAAUCUAAGUCAACAAACAAGCAUGCGCAACUGCAAAGUAAACGAACAUUUAGUGAAGUAAACUCCUUUCGUUAGCAAAAGUGUCCGAAAAAUGAAGCGCACAAGUGUAAGCAAGCAUUGAGGAUGACUGAAGACAAAAAAAGAACGCUAUUGAGGUUGAUUUGCAGGACGACGAAGAAUUGGUUCGAAAAAAGGGGGCCGCCUCUGUCGUUUGGAACUGGUUUGACUUUAAGAUAUCCGACCUCGACCAACAAACAGUACUGUGUAAGUUGUGUCGACGCAUUGUGCUAGCCAAAGGUGGAAACACCAGCAAUCUUUUUAACCACCUGAAAACCCUGCAUGUGCGUGAAUAUGAAGAAUCUACCAGAAUGUGUGCAACAAACCUCCGGAGCAGCGGAGCGAGUCCCAAGACAUCUUCAAGCCAGACCCGCACUCAGCUAUUCGUUAGUGGUGCUCCCUAUGACAAGAAGAGCAAGAAGUGGAAUGAGAUAAUGAAUGCAAUUACGUAUCACAUAGCAAAAGACAUGUAACCAAUUCAAACUGUGGAGAAAGACUGUUUCAGAAAGUUGAUUCGAACUCUAGACCCAAGAUACGAGAUCCCGAGCCGUAAAUACUUCAGCAAAACAUGUCUGCCAGAACUCUGCACAGAAUGUCGAGACCGAGUUGCCAACGAAAUCCAUAACGCUGCGUUCUUCUCUACCGACUUAUGGUCAAGCCGGACCACUGAGCCAUACAUUAGCCUCACGAUUCAUUACAUUGACGACAACUGGAAGCUGCAAAGCAAAUGCCUUCAGACCUCUUAUUUCCCAGACGACCACACCGGAUAAAUAAUUGCAGCUGGGCUGAGGGAGGCACUUUCAUCCUGGGGCUUGAAAGUCGCGUCAAGUAUGUAUGACUACUGACAGCGGAUCGAACAUCGUCAAAGCAUUGGAGCUGAACAAAUGGACAAGACUAGGAUGUUUCGGACACAGGCUACACAUUGCUAUUGGUAAGUUUCAACUUCCAAAACACAGAGCUAGGUAGAAAAAUAACGUAACUUAAAAUGCAGAAUAACUAUUGUUUUCCUUAUCUCCUCUGUUUAAAGUUAUAGCUGACUACACUGCCUGAUCCUCCUUAUACGUUAAGCCGUAUGUAUAUAUGUAUAAAUACAUACAUACAGUGGGGGGGAAAAAAGUAUUUAGUCAGCCACCAAUUGUGCAAGUUCUCCCACUUAAAAAGAUGAGAGAGGCCUGUAAUUUUCAUCAUAGGUACACGUCAACUAUGACAGACAAAAUGAGAUUUUUUUCCAGAAAAUCACAUUGUAGGAUUUUUAAUGAAUUUAUUUGCAAAUUAUGGUGGAAAAUAAGUAUUUGGUCAAUAACAAAGGUUUCUCAAUACUUUGUUAUAUACCCUUUGUUGGCAAUGACACAGGUCAAACGUUUUCUGUAAGUCUUCACAAGGUUUUCACACACUGUUGCUGGUAUUUUGGCCCAUUCCUCCAUGCAGAUCUCCUCUAGAGCAGUGAUGUUUUGGGGCUGUCGCUGGGCAACACAGACUUUCAACUCCCUCCAAAGAUUUUCUAUGGGGUUGAGAUCUGGAUACUGGCUAGGCCACUCCAGGACCUUGAAAUGCUUCUUACGAAGCCACUCCUUCGUUGCCCGGGCGGUGUGUUUGGGAUCAUUGUCAUGCUGAAAGACCCAGCCACAUUUCAUCUUCAAUGCCCUUGCUGAUGGAAGGAGGUUUUCACUCAAAAUCUCACGAUACAUGGCCCCAUUCAUUCUUUCCUUUACACGGAUCAGUCGUCCUGGUCCCUUUGCAGAAAAACAGCCCCGAAGCAUGAUGUUUCCACCCCCAUGCUUCACAGUAGGUAUGGUGUUCUUUGGAUGCAACUCAGCAUUCUUUGUCCUCCAAACACGACGAGUUGAGUUUUGACCAAAAAGUUCUAUUUUGGUUUCAUCUGACCAUAUGACAUUCUCCCAAUCCUCUUCUGGAUCAUCCAAAUGCACUCUAGCAAACUUCAGACGGGCCUGGACAUGUUCUGGCUUAAGCAGGGGGACACGUCUGGCACUGCAGGAUUUGAGUCCCUGGCGGUGUAGUGUGUUACUGAUGGUAGGCUUUGUUACUUUGGUCCCAGCUCUCUGCAGGUCAUUCACUAGGUCCCCCCGUGUAGUUCUGGGAUUUUUGCUCACCGUUCUUGUGAUCAUUUCGACCCCACGGGGUGAGAUCUUGCGUGGAGCCCCAGAUCGAGGGAGAUUAUCAGUGGUCUUGUAUGUCUUCCAUUUCCUAAUAAUUGCUCCCACAGUUGAUUUCUUCAAACCAAGCUGCUUACCUAUUGCAGAUUCAGUCUUCCCAGCCUGGUGCAGGUCUACAAUUUUGUUUCUGGUGUCCUUUGACAGCUCUUUGGUCUUGGCCAUAGUGGAGUUUGGAGUGUGACUGUUUGAGGUUGUGGACAGGUGUCUUUUAUACUGAUAACAAGUUCAAACAGGUGCCAUUAAUACAGGUAACGAGUGGAGGACAGAGGAGCCUCUUAAAGAAGUUGUUACAGGUCUGUGAGAGCCAGAAAUCUUGCUUGUUUGUAGGUGACCAAAUACUUAUUUUCCACCAUAAAUUCAUAAAAAAUCCUACAAUGUGAUUUUCUGGAUUUGUUUUUCUCAAUUUGUCUGUUAUAGUUGACGUGUACCUAUGAUGAAAAUUACAGGCCUCUCUCAUCUUUUUAAGUGGGAGAACUUGCACAAUUGGUGGCUGACUAAAUACUUUUUUUCCCCCACUGUACAUACAUAUACACACACAGCUAUGCAAAUCUAUAAUAUUUGUAAAUGUGUGCAAUAUCCAAACAUUACAUGGAUUACAUUCCUUUUAUUUAUAAUUGAUACAUUAGCCUAUGGUUUCAAUAUAUUAAUCUAUCCUCUCUCUUUCAAUAAUAAAUAGCCUACUCAAUAAAUGAUCCUGUUUUUUAAAGCAACAUAGCUCUCUUAAUCACAACAGUUGUAUGUACAUCUAUAGAUGGAUUACAUUUGUAAUCAUGUCCAGUGGCCAUGCUGUAAAUUGUUGUAAUUACAGCUGAUGCAAUGUUAUUUCUAUUGAAUAAUUGUGAUUCAUAUGUAAUUAUUUUUCACCUUUUUAUUUUUCAGAGAGGAGUGUCCAAAACGAACCUUGGGUUUCCCGGGCCACAGGAGUGUGCAAGAAAGUGGUCAGCACAUUUUCCUAUAGUUGGAAGAAGCAGAAGGCCCUGACAAGUGCACAGGAUAAACUGAGCCUGCCCCUCCACAAGCUCAUCACGGAAUCCCCGACAAGGUGGGGAUCUCGGCUGCAGAUGAUGGAAAGAGUCCUGGAGCAGGAAAAGGCCAUCACACAAGUCCUGGCAGCAGACAAAAAAACACGGCACCUUGCACCCUCCUGGCAGCACUUAAGCCCCUCCAGGAUUUCACAGAUGCCCUGUCAGGAGAGACAUACUUACAGUGGGGAGAACAAGUAUUUGAUACACUGCCGAUUUUGCAGGUUUUCCUACUUACAAAGCAUGUAGAGGUCUGUAAUUUUUAUCAUAGGUACACUUCAACUGUGAGAGACGGAAUCUAAAACAAAAAUCCAGAAAAUCACAUUGUAUGAUUUUUAAGUAAUACAUUUGCAUUUUAUUGCAUGACAUAAGUAUUUGAUACAUCAGAAAAGCAGAACUUAAUAUUUGGUACAGAAACCUUUGUUUGCAAUUACAGAAAUCAUACGUUUCCUGUAGGUCUUGACCAGGUUUGCACACAUUGCAGCAGGGAUUUUGGCCCACUCCUCCAUACAGACCUUCUCCAGAUCCUUCAGGUUUCAGGGCUGUCGCUGGACAAUACGGACUUUCAGCUCCCUCCAAAGAUUUUCUAUUGGGUUCAGGUCUGGAGACUGGCUAGGCCACUCCAGGACCUUGAGAUGCUUCUUACGGAGCCACUCCUUAGUUGCCCUGGCUGUGUGUUUCGGGUCAUUGUCAUGCUGGAAGACCCAGCCACGACCCAUCUUCAAUGCUCUUACUGAGGGAAGGAGGUUGUUGGCCAAGAUCUCGCGAUACAUGGCCCCAUCCAUCCUCCCCUCAAUACGGUGCAGUCGUCCUGUCCCCUUUGCAGAAAAGCCUCCCCAAAGAAUGAUGUUUCCACCUCCAUGCUUCACGGUUGGGAUGGUGUUCUUGGGGUUUAGACCAAAAAGCUAUAUUUUUGUCUCAUCAGACCACAUGACCUUCUCCCAUUCCUCCUCUGGAUCAUCCAGAUGGUCAUUGGCAAACUUCAGACGGGCCUGGACAUGCGCUGGCUUGAGCAGGGGGACCUUGCGUGCGCUGCAGGAUUUUAAUCCAUGACGGCGUAGUGUGUUACUAAUGGUUUUCUUUGAGACUGUGGUCCCAGCUCUCUUCAGGUCAUUGACCAGGUCCUGCCGUGUAGUUCUGGGCUGAUCCCUCACCUUCCUCAUGAUCAUUGAUGCCCCACGAGGUGAGAUCUUGCAUGGAGCCCCAGACCGAGGGUGAUUGACCGUCAUCUUGAACUUCUUCCAUUUUCUAAUAAUUGCGCCGACAGUUGUUGCCUUCUCACCAAGCUGCUUGCCUAUUGUCCUGUAGCCCAUCCCAGCCUUGUGCAGGUCUACAAUUUUAUCCCUGAUGUCCUUACACAGCUCUCUGGUCUUGGCCAUUGUGGAGAGGUUGGAGUCUGUUUGAGUGUGUGGACAGGUGUCUUUUAUACAGGUAACGAGUUCAAACAGGUGCAGUUAAUACAGGUAAUGAGUGGAGAACAGGAGGGCUUCUUAAAGAAAAACUAACAGGUCUGUGAGAGCCGGAAUUCUUACUGGUUGGUAGGUGAUCAAAUACUUAUGUCAUGCAAUAAAAUGCAAAUGAAUUACUUAAAAAUCAUACAAUGUGAUUUUCUGGAUUUUUGUUUUAGAUUCCGUCUCUCACAGUUGAAGUGUACCUAUGAUAAAAAUUAAAGACCUCUACAUGCUUUGUAAGUAGGAAAACCUGCAAAAUCGGCAGUGUAUCAAAUACUUGUUCUCCCCACUGUAUGUCCUACACUUAAGCCCCUCCAGGAUUUCACAGAUGCUCUGUCAGGAGAGACAUACUUGUGUCCUAUCUGAAGCCGGUCCUCCAUUUGUUCAAGACUGAGGUUCUGAAAUCAAAUGAGGGCGAAGCCAAACUGACCCGAGAGAUUAAGAUGAGGGUCCUCCAAUUACCUGAAUGACAAAAACACCGAGCCUGAAACAGAUGAGCUGCUCACCAUGGCUACCUUUCUGGACCCAAGGUUCAAGACCACCUACAAGACCACUGAGAAGCUGGUGAAGGUGAGAGCUGCCUCCGAGACAGAAGCCCUUCUGGUAGGGAACACAGCCAUGGGAGACUUAUCUCUUGAAGAGGACCAGAGUGAGAGAAAGAAGCUGCCACUGCUCCACAAUCAGCAAAGAAGUCCAAGAAGAGCCUUGGAAGCUUCUUUAAGAAAACCAGUAGUGCACCUGCCUUAAGAACCCAGAGACAGGUCAUCGAGCAAGAGCUGGAUGGCUACACUCUGAUGAUGGCAGCAGACAGUGAGGCUGAUCCUUUGGAGUGGUGGCGAGUUGACGCAUCCAACUUCCCACAAUUGAGUUGUCUGACAAAGAAAUACUUAUGCAUCCCUGCCACAAGUUCACCCUCUGAGAGAGCAUUUAGCACUGGGGGCAAUGUGGUCACAUGCCACAGGCAACUUUGAAGCCAGAAACAGUCAAUAGGCUGGUGUUCCUGGCACUGAACUUGUGAAGAGGGAGGCAGUGAAUUGUUACAUGCUGAACUGAGAAACAUACAGACUCUGGUUAAUGCUUGAAGUUAAUUUGAAAAGGUUUACAACUUGAAUUCAUAACCGGUGUUAUGCAAUUCUUAUAUUUGGCAGGAAAAAGUUUACAUCUUGAGUACUUUAAAUAUGAGUACAUUUCAUUUUACUGCAUAUUUAUUUAACUCAUAUACCUUUGUUUAUGUUUCAUGUUUGCACAGCUUUACAACAGAAGUAACAUUUUUAUUUUUUUAAGUGUACAGUAUAUCGUGAUAUUAUAUCGUUAUCGUCCGGACAGUGGAAAGAAAAUAUUGUGAUAUGAAUUUUAGUUCAUAUUGCCCACCCCUACCCUCAAUCCUGAUGACCGAUUACUAAAUGCAUAGCCUCGGUUCAGGCUACAGAUAUAAGAGUUCAUGUUUUGUAUCAUGUUGGAUAAUGCUUCAUUACAGUUUAUUGAUUUAAAUAUGCAUCUUAUGAAUGCUAGGCACCCUUUUAUUUUCAGGAGUUUCUUCUAUGUUUAAUUAUUCCUCUUUUCCCCACAGUUUGUCGUCCUUCUCCUGCUGGUGUUUGUGACGGAAGUGGCUGUGGUGGUUUUUGGUUAUAUUUACAGAUCAAAGGUGUGUAAAGCCCUAUUUGCAUGGGACUAGUUUUACUGGGAGAGUUGGGGUUGUGUAAUUAUGUGUACGAGCACAAAUUACCACAUCCGUAAUUUAAGUCCCCCGUCCGACUCUGCCAUGUCGGUCAUUUUUUACAUAGUAGGAGAGUAAUAAUUCCUAAAACCUACUGUUUGUCGACUAACUCCAAGGUCCUCUGAUAAUACUAGUCACGUGCGAAACGACAUCCCUGUGUUUUGAGAGAAAUGUCUUGAGUUUGACAGGUGUUGCUUGUGGUUUGAGCAAGAAAACAAUAACUGGUUAGAUAAAUUGAUGCUUAAAACUAAAUGCUGCACAUAACCUAUAUAUGAAGGACCUACUGUACAUGUAUCAACUUUCACAGUGAAUGCUUUUGUUUAUAUGUUUGUGCCAAAGAAUUGAACAUCGGCAAAUGUGUAAUGAAAAAAAAUAUUGCUCCUAUUUAAUGCAACCUUUGCUGUUAAUAGAUCGCAAAGCAGCAUUCCAACUGAGCUAACUUUUGGCAAUGACAAGUUCACUUUCUCAUCCAUAGCCUAAAAGCGCAUCUCAAGUGCAAGUGCGCUGUUUAGCUCACAUCUGCAGGCUGGGGGGCAUUUACAAUGUCUACUGCAGAUCGCUAAAAUAAUGAUUAUGAUCACACUUCCUCAAUUAAAAUAUUGUGGCGACACUAUACCAAAAAUUGUUAGGUAGUCAAGCACUAGUUAUCAGUGUAGCCUGUUAUCACCUGGAUAUGUUGAAAUAUCUUCAAGCGUAGAAUAAAAACCUCCAGAAUUACAGGGGUCUGUUUGGAAAAAACAAAUCCCGUCUGAAUCUUCCUUUGGAAUAACGGAUAUUCUGAGGUAAUGAUUACGUAACCAACAUUCUCUAGUAAAACUAGUUCCAUGCGAAUAGGGUUUAAGUAAAGUACAUAUCAAGGAGACAGUACGUUUGUGCAAUAAAUAUUUUGUUCAGGAUACCAAUUCUCUGGAUACGUUCCCAAUGGGAAAUGUUUUUCUACCAACCACAAUAUUACCCAUUUUCUCCAUGGAAAACAUAAUAGCCGCUAUGUCGUUUUCUAUUUAGCCUACAUGUUUGGAGAUUCGUUUUCCCAUGACAGGAAAAGUGCUAUCCAAAGUGAAGUGAUUGGAUAUAGUGAUUGGUAUUCAUCAGAAAAGCAUUGAGGUUGUGUAAGAUGGACCUAUUAAGCACAGUUACCUGUUUGUUUACAGGUUGAAGAUGAGGUCAAUCACUCCAUCCAGAAGGUGUACAAUGAGUACAAUGGCACCAACACAGACGCUCCGAGCCGUGCCAUUGACUACGUGCAAAGACAGGUGAGAGCAUGAAACUUGAGCAAUUCAUGUUUUGUGUAACAAUUUAAAAGUAAUUUAAAGCUGUAUUGAAUUGACCUAGUAUUAACCAUCACCAUUUGUCAUGCCUGCAGCUCCACUGUUGUGGGAUUCACAAUUACUCAGACUGGAGGAACACACGCUGGUUUAAUGAGUCUCGAAACAACAGUGUACCAGUGAGCUGCUGCAAACCUAACAUCAGCAACUGUACAGGCUCUCUAGCCCAUCCUGGAGACCUCUAUCCAGAGGUAAGAGAUCCAAAACAUACCUAUGCUUUUCUCGCUUGCAUAAUAUACAAAUUGAUUCUCUUACACAAUGUAUUGUUUGUGUGUCUCCAGGGAUGUGAAGCCCUUGUUGUGAAGAAACUAAAGGAGAUUAUUAUGUAUGUCAUCUGGGCUGCACUGACAUUCGCUGCAAUUCAGGUACAAUAAAACUUCCAUCAGCUCUUUCUUUCAACUAAUGGGGUGGAGAUGCCCGUGUCCGUGGAAGCCGCUCAGCCAAGGUGGAGAAAAUAGGAUUCUGCUCUAUUUUUCAAGCGGCGCCAGCGUUGUUGACCAAUCACAGUAGAAAAUGUAGCUUGCGUGGUGAUAUACGUCAGCAGCGUUGUUGACCAAUCACAGUAGAAAACGUAGCUUGCGUGGAGAUACAUCAGCACGUACGUCCAACAGUAGGACCGGCUAACUUACCCACUCCAGCUAGCUGGCUAACUAUCAGUUUACAGAGUCCCGUUUAACAAUAACAAUAAUUGUGUUGGCGCGUUCUAGCAUGCGUUCGCAUAUUUCCGUUAAAGAACGCCUACUUUGUGAAGGGCGUGUGUACAAUAACUCAAUUUGCCUUUGCUCUCCUUCUAAACAACCCAAUUUUUUGGCAAAGGGUAAAGUCUAUUAAACUUUAUCCACUCUGUUCUUAACAUAUUCUAGUUUUGGGAACAGAAAACUGAAUUGAGAUCAAAUGUUUCAUCGAUGAGAAGAUUAGCAGAAUGUCGGCCAAAGUCCAUCUUGUUCCAUCUCCUUCCACUGCCGGCCACUGGGCUUCCUCUCACUACCAUAUUUGGUAGUGGAAACGCCAUGCUUCACAUGUAUACAUCCGGUGAAAUAUCUGUCUCAUUGUUCUAUCUGUGCUGUUGCCCUAUUUUGUGAAGGCACUAGCCGCUUUGACUAGAGGGACAAGUGGGGUACUCUGCGGGGUACUCAGCGACUUUCCGCUGUCUGUCUGAAAAGCGCUUAUGGUAUGAGUCAUGAAGUGAUUCAGUAUGAAGGCUGAGUGGGCCUGAGGUAUGCCCUUAUUAUGUUAACCCCCCUGCCACACUCCAGCAGUCUCAAGGGACAGGGCCCAGAGGGGACUGUUACAUUUUUCAUAGACAGGUUGGUUGUUUAGCAACAAAACUGACACGUGCGCAACUAUGGGGAAAAUCUGACUGGGUUGGCUUAGAUUGUUGUCAACAUGUAAACUACAUUUAGUCUCCAAUGUUAAUUGAAAACAUUAAUACAUUUGCAAAAUGAGCACUUGUCUCUCAAAUACAUAGUUACAGUUGUCUGGUUAGCUAGCUAGCGAAUUUUAGCCAUAUUAGCAUUGACAUGAAAUUAGUCAAAACACCUCCAAAACAAGACAUGGUAUCAAGAAUAAGAUGAAACUACCUGAAACAAGUCACUUACGAUUCCCCACAUGGCAGUUUCUUGUCAUUGUUGGUAAGCUGUCUGGCCAUCCAGAAUCAAAACAACUCAGACUUCUGUCCCAUUGAAGCGUGCGCAUUGUUUUCGUGACAGUCAGCUAACCCAUCUAUAGGGACAGAGAAAAUGCAGCUGACUCACAUCUAGGAAUUCCUGGGAAAGGGGGAAUGGCAUAACCACAAGGUCAUCUCAAACUGGGCUAAAUAGAGGCUUAAGACAAUGGUGUCCCCAGCCAAUUUAUCUUGACUUGAUUGAUAUAUUAGUUACUUUGAUUUGUUAAAAAUAUUCAUAAUCAUAUUCUAACCGAAAUUAAGUCGGUGGAUUAAGACGGCAUGUUAUUUGCUAGAUUUACCCCUUUUCAUUCCUUUCGUUUGACCACAAUGAGGGGGCAGCUGCAUGAGCGAGAGCUGCGUUAAAGCUCUGUCAUUCAUCACUUGAUUUGUUUUUCUCACCGAAAUUACUGGACAGCAAAAGGUCCUAGUCUACAUUUAAAUAGCUGUUUAUCAAUGUACUGUAGUUUCUUCCUUUUAUAAUGUCACCUCUGGAUUUCAUCAUUAGAUUAUCUUAUUUUAUGGGCUGAUGAGGCAUCUGUGUGGAUGUGAAUUUGCUGGUUUGCAGUACUUCUAGAGGCUUUUGACCCAGAUGCUUCCCUGUUUGCUGCUAAUGUAGUAUCUUUGUGUCCUUGCUCAGCCUUUCCUGGGAGACUAGUUAGCUUAGCGUCCAGGUCAGAGGUUGACAGGUGACCUCCUCAGGAAGGUAUGGAUGGAAGACAUGGAUGACACUAUACUUAAACCCCUGCUGUUUUCCUUGCCUAGGUAUUUGGGAUGCUGUGUGCCUUUGUGGUGCUGUGCCGGAGGAGCCGUGACCCUGCCUACGAACUUCUCAUGACAGGGGGAACCUACGCAUAAGGAGGACUCUACACUCUCUCACACACCACACACACCUAGGCUCGUGGCUUUGUCAGUGGAGGGUGGUUCACUGGCUUGUAGUUCAGGUUUCCUCUACUGUAAGUUGAAAAGCUCCUCACACACAGUGGCUCAUACUCCAAAAUGGUGAAGUGGUGAAAAACCUAUUUAUUUACAUGCUAUGUAAUUAUAUAUAUAUAUAAUUUUUUUUUAUUGCUACAAGCCAAAUUCUUAAAUGGCGAUUAAACACUUUUUUUGUUUGUUUAAUUUGUUGCUCUGACUACUUACGCUUUACCCCUCGUUGUUUGAGGUAGACAAGGAUGAAGCCUCUGAAUUAUGGACCUACUGUACGGAAUACUUUCCUCAUGUCUGUUUGCACUAUGUGUAUGGCUUUGGAAUAUUUUAUAAAUAUUUAAAUCUAUCAUGUAAAUAACUGAGUUGAAGAUUCCCUGUGUGUACGAGGUUGCCUUGUGCUACUGCUUUGUUUGUCCAGACCUCACCCUUCAACAGCACCAUUCUGUUUCUGAUAAGAAGCAGUGGAACUAUAGGCAGUAUCCAAUCAAAGUCACUGGAUCAACCCACCAGGAAUGAGUAGUAACCAAAGUGCAGAAAAUGAACUGAUCUGCUUUGCAAGAAUGUGGGCAUUUGAUUCAGUGCAGUUAAACAGGCUUAUUUAGGAAUAAUCCACAUGCACUGUUACUGAGCUUUUCUGUUGUACUUUCUGUGUGCAGUUGAGCACACUCAUGAGAUGUACAGUCGUGGUCAAACGUUU